AUCAUCUCGCACAGCGUACGGUAUGGUUGCGGACAGCCAGAACACACAGCCAUCGACGACGAGAAUCGCAGCCAUCUCUGUGCUCUACUAGUGGUGAAGCGAGAAAAAUCCAAUAGCUUCAGAUUAGAGCAGGCACAGAAGUCGCGAAAUCCCAGUUCCGGUCAGUGGUUCUGCUAGCUAGCGGUGUUCUAUCCGAGCAGGAAGCAGUCUGUGAUCCGUGCGCGAGUGAUCCACCUAGCAAUCGAUGCUUUCCUGCCAAGCAUAUUUCGGUGACAUUGUGAGGGAGUGAGUCUGAUUCAGUGUGAAGUUUUUCCUGCCUUCGUUUCUUUUUUUUUGUGUAUUAGAGAGUCGUGAAUGGCUUUUUCGAUGUGAAACAAAGUUGCUUUCUUCUGCUUGGUUUCGUUUCGCCGAUGGUAAUGUUCGAAAGUCCGGCCGUAAAUCUUGAUUUCACUGGUUGUGAUUGAGUUUUCCGGAAAGCUCACGGGCUAGAAACAUCGAUUCAUCAUCGUCACAUUCGAUCAAUGGAUGGAAGCAGCUUGAAUGGGCCAAAGGAAUAAGGCUGGCGAAAAAAGAGUGAAACGCAUGCACCGCAAAGGGGAACAAGAAAAAGUUGUACCCAAAGUGUAGUGGAUGGUGUGAGUGUGAGUAGAAAAUUGCAUACAUGGCGUAUUGCAAACGAGUGUAAUAAUCACCGAAAUUGAGUGGAUCAAUGAGUUGGAUCCAGUGAUUGGAUAGAGUGUGGAAAAAUCUGCUUGGAUCGUUCGAGUGAUCCAUAAUUGGCAAAGCUAUUAAGAGUUUCAUGUCCUAAUGGUUCAUUUGCUGGAGAACUGUCAUUAACCGUACACGCACGCACACUACGAAGAAAGGCUACGAGAUUCCUAUUUGAUUGAUUUUUGCUGCUGCGGCUCUGCUUCUUCUUCGUCCUGUGCUGCUCGCCACAGACUUGGCACAUUCCGGUUCUCCAUUCUUGGAUAAAAAAAUAUAGUAGUAACAGACUGCUCUAGUCGAAAGCAACGAAGGGAGCUUAGGAGAAGUUCGCAAUCGAACUCACAACGAUUGGAAUGCCCCUUGUCCGGACAUGAAAACUAUUCUAGGAUUACCGAAGGAAGUGUAAACUAAAGCGUAGUAAUCGAUCAAGUAAUCGUGGAAGAAAGUUAACCCCGCAGAAAGGUUUUCGGUGUAAUUUAGUGUGUUUUUCUGUUGUCGCUUUUUUCGGCUAGGAAUCCAUUCCAAUAGGCAGUGCUCAAGUGUAGGUGUGUUUGUCGAUAAAAUCGAAGCAAAGAAGAAAGGAUCACGUGAAGUGAACCUAAAAUAAAAAUAAAAGUUUCUUUUGGGUGGAUAUCGGUGUAGUCCAUUAUCUGUUUUUUUUUUCUGUUUUCGCUUUAUUUGAUAACGGGAAGCAAGCAACGAAAAUUGCCAAACUGUGUGCUUGUGAGGCAAACGUGUAUGUGUGUGUGUCUCUGUAGGAUCUAAUCUUCGAGGAAGAAAAAUAGUCCCCGUCUAGAUUGAAAGGCCUCUCAACUGGUUCCAGGCAGCAGUAGCAGUUGCCGCACCAUCAACAACAGCAACAACAACAACAACAACUUAAGUAGGAGAAAAAUGUCCAGCGAAGAGGACAAACCACCGGCACCACCGGUUCGCCUUACCAGCAAUCGUGGAGGCGGCGAUCGGAUCGAUAGUGCCGCGCCGGUCGACAUGAAACCGCUGCCUAAAGAACCCGACGAUGCCGACCGGAAGAAGAAAACACUGAAAAACAAAAUCAAAGUCUCCAAAGCGUCCCACAACGAUUCGAAGCCCAACAUCUCCUAUCCGACCAACUUUGAGCACACGGUCCACGUGGGCUUCGAUGCCAUCACCGGAGAGUUCACGGGUAUGCCAGAGCAAUGGGCGCUUAUGCUGAAGAAUUCCAACAUUAGCAAACAGGAACAGAAGAAGAACCCGCAGGCAGUGCUGGACGUGCUCAAUUGGUUCGACAACAGUAGCAAACAGCGACCCAGUUCCAAGUAUAUGACCCAUGGUUUGCACACCACAACGCACUCCGCCUCGUCCAUAGGUUCCUCGCUGAGCCGAGUCAGCAGCAGCAGUCCGAGCAGUACCCCUACGGAUUCGGAAUCCCACGGCCCGGGUGGCGUUGGCCAGGUGCACCUCUCCAGUUCGCACUCGCAGGCGUACAGCUUAGGACCGCUCUCGUCCCAUCACAAUUCGACCGGCGAGCACGACAGCGACGAACUCGGUGGGCUCAGCAGUGGUGGCAGCAUCAGCGGCAAUGGAAUACCGCCGCCGAUCGCGAGCCGACCGGAGCGGACCAAGUCCAUCUACACGAGGCCUAUCGAUGACCCAGCACCGAUAUCACCACCAGUACCUCCCCAUCUCAGCAACAGUGCAACGACUGGCGUGCGCAGUCCCACGUUCGACAAGAACAAGAACUCGACGACGAUCCUCACAUCGACGGUGAACACCAACUCGACGACCGCCGCGGCCGUACCCCAAACGCCGACCGUCGCCGCUUGCAAUCUUAACAACGCCAACAGCCAACUGCAAGGUAACGAUGAUAAUACAAUUCUAACUCCACUAACACCAACUAGCAAUAGAACCGACUCACUAAUAACGGAAACGGCUACGACAACCGUCUCUCCGACGACGAUAACUGCGACUGCAACGAUAACUGCUCCUACGACGACUACCACAACUUCAACAACCACCUCAUCUACAACAUGUCCAUCCUCACCAACAGCGACGCCAACGGGCACAACGACGACGGCGACGACGACGGCCACGACGACGGUAGUGCCCCCCGUCGUAGGCGGUGGCACCACCACCACCACCACAACAACGACGGCCAACAAUGAAGCCCCCAGUCAGCAGCGCAUCAAUACCAAAAAGAAGAAAAUGUCCGACGAGGAGAUCCUGGAGAAGCUGCGCACCAUCGUCAGCGUGGGCGAUCCUAAGCGAAAGUACAACAAAAUGGAGAAGAUCGGGCAGGGCGCGUCGGGAACUGUGUAUACGGCAAUAGAAAGCUCUACCGGCAUGGAGGUGGCCAUCAAACAGAUGAACCUCAGCCAACAGCCCAAGAAGGAGCUGAUCAUCAACGAAAUCCUGGUGAUGCGAGAGAACAAACAUCCCAACGUGGUUAACUAUCUGGACAGCUAUCUGGUGUCGGAAGAGCUUUGGGUGGUGAUGGAAUACCUGCCGGGUGGGUCACUGACGGACGUGGUUACCGAAACGUGUAUGGACGAGGGCCAGAUAGCGGCCGUGUGCCGCGAAGUGCUUCAGGCUUUGGAAUUCCUCCACAGUAAUCAGGUCAUCCAUCGGGACAUCAAAAGUGAUAACAUUCUGCUGGGGCUGGACGGCAGCGUGAAGCUGACGGAUUUUGGCUUCUGUGCGCAAAUCUCGCCGGAGCAAUCGAAACGAACCACCAUGGUCGGUACGCCGUACUGGAUGGCACCGGAAGUGGUCACGCGGAAGCAGUACGGACCGAAGGUCGAUCUGUGGUCCCUGGGAAUCAUGGCCAUCGAAAUGAUCGAAGGUGAACCGCCGUAUUUGAACGAGAAUCCGCUGCGGGCGCUCUACCUGAUCGCAACGCAUGGCAAACCGGAAAUCAAGGAAAAGGAAAAGCUCAGCCCCGUGUUUCAGGACUUCCUCGACCAGUGUCUGGAGGUAGACGUGGACCAGCGAGCUACCGCUUUCGAGCUGCUGAGGCAUCCCUUCCUGAAGCUGGCACGACCGCUCGCUAGCCUAACACCGCUGAUCAUGGCCGCCAAGGAGGCCACCAAGGGACACUGAGACACGGCCAAUGCCAACGGGACAGGUGAUACCGAAGGUCAAGGGGCAACAACCGUGGCGGUUCCUUCAGAUAACCAGUGAUGGGCUGGUCCUACGCACGUGAGUGUAAGCCUGUAAUAGACCUAGUUAGGCGUUGUUGAGUACGAUGGCAAUGACGUUGUGAUUGAUAAUAAAGCAGAAAAAUGAUAUAACUGACGAAGAUUCACACACGUUGCUCAGCGAGAGUCGUGAUGACUGACAAGGGGAUGAUCAUGUGAGAGCUACUAUUAACAAUAAGCGAUAAAUAAAUACAAGAAAAGAGUCAACCAAUACUACACUUGUAAGCAGCAUAAGUUAAAGCAAACAUUAUAUUUAAAACAUGUUACAACUAAGCGGGAAAGUCUAAGAUGAAUCGUUAAAACGGAAGCUUGCCCUUCCCGGUCGGAACAAUAACACACACAGAGAGAUUAGGGAAAAUGUCAAAGUAUUUAGUUGUUAGAGCGAAUCAUGAAACAACAUAAAACGAGCGAAAGAGAUUAUGGUUUUGUUAUACGUGUUUCGUCGAUAUCUAAACCAAUUGUGAAUAGUGUGUGGCGUGUGUAAAUAUAGAGUACAAAUAAGAAGAGGACUAAGGAAACAUCCGAUGAACAGCAAAUACAUGGUUAGCGAAGGAUACAUUUUCUUGCACAUUAUUUCAGCCAUCAAGCAAGUUUGUUUUCCCGAAGAUGGUUGAGAGACUGAUUCGUGUUUAGUAGGAACCAGAAAGAGUGUGUCCGCGUAUUGUACAGCAAAUCAGGAAAAGAAGUUCAAGUUCGCUCAAACAUACACCAUAUAUAGAAACGAUAAACAACUAUUUCCGGUUAAAAGAAGAAAAAAAAUAAGUGGACAAACAAGAACAGGAUAAAGAUAUAGCAAAGAAAAUAUUCAUGAAAAAUCACAUAAACACACGUGAAAAGUGCCUACACCAAGUGUAUGUGUCCGCGAGAUAUUAGGUAACAAACUCACACACACAGACACAAACAAACAUACUGAGCAAGCAAAACGAGAUUCAAAUAAUUUACCUACAAUUUAAAUGUAAGCUCCAUUGAUUUUCGAAGCAAUGACAAAGAUCACGAUCAUAGUUCAAGAAAGUAUUAACCGUAUUUUGGCUAAAGUUUUGUUUUACGAAAAGAGAUAACUUACAAUCGCUACGUACUAAAAACCUUCGACUGCUUGAAACAGAAAACUGUACAUGUGCUGAAGAAAACAAAAACAAAAAACAAAGUAUUUAACAGAUAGAUAGAAAUUGUUUCUCCUAUUUUGCAGCGAUGAUUUGUCUCUUUCAUCAAUCAUUUACAUCAAGACGAAUGAUCUUCCUCGAGGCAUCAAUCACAGAUCAUGUACCAAGUAAAAACCCCGUUAACAUUUAUUUGUAUCUAUAGAAAUUACAAUGCGCGAUUAGUAGAUUUUGCUUUCCUUGAAUGAUUGCAAACAACAACACAGAUGAGGUCUGUUGUAUGUUCUUUCUUUUGUGUAAAUAUCAAAAUAGUUCUCUUUCUAUUUUUUCUCACUUUCCCUCACUCUCUCUUUCUCUCUCGUUCCAUAUCCUAUUGAUUGAUUGAACCUAUACUAUUCUGUAUACACAACCUAAACAGGAACGGUCUAUUUUAUUUAAAAAAAACUACCUACCUAAAAUUUAUAGAAGCAACAUGGUAAAAGAAUGUUAGUUGUAGAUAGAUACGAACUGUGUGCCAGCGCAGCUUCGGCGUGUUAUAGAAAGACAGACGUGCGUGUGUGUUGUAGUACGUGUGUAUGUGUGGCAGUGUUAGAAAGCAGAAAAUUAAAGUACCGAUUGUCAUUGAACCGUUUUUUUUUUCAUUCAAAUAAAGUACGCAUUUAUUAUCCUUA